AUGGGUCAACAUUUGUCCACAAUUAAUUUGAAAAGUGUUGAUUUGACUAAAACGGAUGACACCGCACUCAGUUCCGAUGCGAUUGUAUCCGACAGUGGUAUAGAAGAUAUUAAUUUUUUUUUAUGUGAGAAAACACUUGCUGGUAAGACGACAGGUCUAAUUGAAUCCGAUCAUGCUUAUCCAAUUUUGAACCCUGAAGCAUUGAUAAAACAGAUUCAAAAUCAUCUAUCUCUCUUAACAAAGCCAGCCAGACUGAACGAAAUCAACACUCAAAUGAACGAGAUACUCAUGGAAAACGUUCUUAUGCCCAUUGCUAGCUAUUACGGAGGAGCAAUGAAAGAAAUUAAAGCUAUUUUGCAAAAACAACAACAACUACAAAUAUCUUUAGUGGUAAAAUUGAACGAGGAUAAAAAUGCCAGUCGAUCCAUUUUUGAGCAACCAUUUGCCAAUUUGACUUCAGGAAACACAAAUACUUUGUCUGCCGAGGCUGAGUCCGAUUACGAUGGUGACCAGGAAUCAAAAGUUGCCACACAGCAGCAACGAAAAGUUGAAUUUCAAGCUCAGCAAUUAUCUUAUUUUGCCAUACGAUCGUUAACAUCGAUGUUGUUAAUUCUAAUCAAAUCAGCACAAAAAAAUGAUCCAACAAUUGUUCAUCAAAUACUGGAAUUAACAAGUGAAUUGUGCGAACAACUUCCGAUGAAAUGUUUGUCACCAUCUGAAUUAUCACCGGCUAGUAGCAGCUUCUUGUUCAAAUCAUUGAAACCAUUGACAAAUUACAUUAAUGAUUUAUCCUCGACAAAAGAUCUGAUUAUAGCAAAACAAGCUGCAAUAAUUCUAUUGAGUUUUUCAAUUGCAAAAGCCUCAUUCAAAGACAUUUUACCCAUACUGAGCAAACUGAUAUUCAAUACAGUUGAUAUUUACAAUGCACAAGGUCUAUUCUUACAACUCAAUAAUGGUCUGACAGUAGCUAUCAAUGAACGGAAAAAACAAAAAGAGCAGCUAUCCAACGAAAAAGUAAGUGAUUCCGAUUUCCAGUCUGAUUCAAAUCCUGAUUGUAAACAAGACAAAGACGAUGGCACAACGUCGAAAGAAACCACAGGUUAG